AUGUAUGAGGUGAACCAGUCUGCCUCCUCAGAGGACAUGGAAGCGCUGGCUGUACAGAAAGCCAAGGAGCUGUUCCAAGUCUGUGAUAAGGAAGAAAAAGGAUUCAUUAACAAGAAGGACAUGCAGAGACUACAGUCAGAACUUGCUCUUGAACCUGAACAGCUGGAGGCUGUGUUUGACUCGCUGGACGAUGAUGGCAAUGGUUUCCUUACACUGGAAGAAUUCAUAGAAGGGUUUGGGAGUUACCUUGGUUUUAAGUCAACUGGUACAGAGGAGACACCAGUCGAGGCUGAGAAUGUGUACGAGGGUGUGGAUGAAGGAACUGAGGAAAUCCUCUUUAAGGAAAUGCUUCACAAUGUAGGAGCCUCCAAGUUGUAUGAUGAUGAAAAGGCUAUCCAGAGUUUGUGGACUCGGUUACGUAAAGAAGAUACUGAAAUGGCUUCGAACUUUGAAGAUUUUUUAUACAAAGUCUCUAACGACAUUCACAGAUCUAAGACUGACUUUGAAACUUUGGAGUCAGCUCUGAAAAGUAAGUCUUUGGCACAUGAUGAAGAAGUGAGAAAAUUGUAUGAAGAGAUGGAAUUACAGAUCAAACAGGAAAAGGACCGUGUCCUCACAGAGGAACAGUUAAAAGAACAGCAGAUGAAAGACAGUAUGGAGGCAGAGCUUAAAGAGAAAGACAGACAACUCCAAGAAUUGUUACUGAAACACCAGGAGAUGGAAAAUAGGUUAUCACAGUUGAAUGUGGCUGAAAGUGAGACAAAACAAGAGAAUGAGAAACUACAGAGGGAAAAAGAGGACCUGCAAAUUCAGCUGAGGAAGUCUGAGGAUGGACUAGAGGAAUCCAAGUCCUACAUAGACCAGCUACGCAUCCAGUCCAAGGAUGAGAAACGUGAAAGGGCACGGGCAGCGCUGAAGGUGACAGAGGGUAUUGCCUUGGAGAGAGAGAGUCUUGUCAAACAAUUGGAUUCCCUUAGAGACAUCAACCAACAGCUCCGAGACGACAAGGAUGAAGCGGAGACAAGGCGGGAUCUAAGUGUCUCUUCUUUGAGUGACGAUCUCCACCAGGUUCUUGAAACAGAAGCAAGAACAAAGCCGACAGUGUCCAGUCGUCGUGACCAGCUAUCCAAACAGGGCUCAGUCCUUGGCGACUACUUCCCAAGUAACAGGGGGCAGCCACCAUUUGGGGAAUCGGUAUCCGAGGACACACCAGAUGUAGAGGAGGAUGACAUAGAAGUAGAUUAUGACGAUGACCAUGACGGUCAGAUUAGUUAUAGUACUCAUAGUGACUUAGUAGAAUCUAGAAAUUUGUCUUUUCAUCAAAACGGUCAUUACAGUGAAUCACAGAAAGUCAGUGGUAAUCAAGGCAAUACAAGUGAAGGUGACUCAGAGGAGAAAACUGGGAAUGAUGAAUCAACGGGCAGGAGUCGCAAAGUGCGCAAAACCAAAAGGAGGCUACUCCCUGAUACAGCAGCCAGCCAGCCGCGAGCAGACAGAUCUAGCAUAGAUAGCAAUUCUGAUGGAGAUACAGACAAGAGUGCAGGAGAUCCUGAUGAUGUAAAGCAGGGUGCGGAACCUGAGAAGCAGGAAGAAAUUGUUGAUGUCCACGGAACUUCGGAAAAUAUUCCUAAAUCAGAAGAGAACUUAGAAAAGAUAAGCUUGGAAGGAUCCAACCAAUCAGCUGGAACAUUGCAGGGGAAACCAGAGCAAACAAUGAAGGUGGCAUCACACGCACUGUUUGUUGAAAAGUCAGAGAUAAUUUUAGAAAUGAAGCCAAAAGAGACAUUGGUGAGAAAAGUUAAGGAUAAAACUGAAAAUGAAUUAGCGAAGAAGGCAAAGGCUGUAUUGGACUUCAGUACGGAGAAAUCACAGGAUACUGUUGAGGCUGUGUCUGACCUCAGUACUGAGAAAUCAGAGGGUACUGUUGAGGUUGUAUCUGUUCACAGUACAGAAAAAUCAGAGAGUACUGUUGAGGUUGUAUCUGUUCACAGGACUGUGAAAUCAGAGGGUACCGUUGAGGUUGUGUCUGACCUUAGGACUGAGCAAUCAGAGGGUACUGUUGAGGCUGUGUCUGACCUCAGUACUGAGAAAUCAGAGGAUUCUGUUGAGGUUGUAUCUGUUCACAGGACUGAGAAAUCAGAGGGUACUGUUGAGGCUGUGUCUGACCUCAGUACUGAGAAAUCAGAGGUUACUGUUGAGGCUGUGUCUGACCUUAGGACUGAGAAAUCAGAGGGUACUCUUGAGGCUGUGUCUGACCUUAGGACUGAGAAAUCGGAGGAUUCUGUUGAGGCUGUAUCUGUUCACAAGACUGUGAAAUCAGAGGGUACUGUUGAGGCUGUGUCUGACCUAAGGACUGAGAAAUCAGAGGGUACUGUUGAGGCUGUAUCUGUUCACAAGACUGUGAAAUCAGAGGGUACUGUUGAGGCUGUAUCUGUUCACAAGACUGAGAAAUCAGAGGGAACUGUUGAGGUUGUGUCUGACCUCAGAACUGAGAAAUCAGAGGGAACUGUUGAGGUUGUGUCUGACCUCAGUACUGAGAAAUCAGAGGUUACUGUUGAGGCUGUGUCUGACCUCAGUACUGUGAAAUCAGAGGGUACUGUUGAGGCUGUAUCUGACCUCAGUACUGUGAAAUCAGAGGUUACUGUUGAGGUUGUGUCUGACCUCAGUACUGAGAAAUCAGAGGUUACUGUCGAGGCUGUGUCUGACCUCAGUACUGUGAAAUCAGAGGGUACUGUUGAGGCUGUGUCUGACCUCAGUACUGUGAAAUCAGAGGUUACUGUUGAGGCUGUAUCUGACAUCAGUACCAAGAAAUCAGAGGUUACUGUUGAGGCUGUGUCUGACCUCAGUGCUGUGAAAUCAGAGGGUACUGUUGAGGCUGUAUCUGACCUCAGUGCUGAGAAAUCAGAGGGAACUGUUGAGGCUGUAUCUGACCUCAGUACUGAGAAGUCAGAGGGUACUGUUGAGGCUGUGUCUGACCUCAGUGCUGUGAAAUCAGAGGUUACUGUUGAGGCUGUGUCUGACCUCAGUGCUGUGAAAUCAGAAGGUACUGUUGAGGCUGUAUCUGACCUCAGUGCUGAGAAAUCAGAGGGAACUGUUGAGGCUGUAUCUGACCUCAGUACUGAGAAGUCAGAGGGUACUGUUGAGGCUGUGUCUGACCUCAGUAGUGAGAAAUCAGAGGUUACUGUUGAGGUUGUGUCUGACCUCAGUGCUGUGAAAUCAGAGGGUACUGUUGAGGCUGUGUCUGACCUCAGUACUGAGAAAUCAGAGGGUACUGUUGAGGCUGUGUCUGACCUCAGUGCUGAGAAAUCAGAGGGUACUGUUGAGGCUGUGUCUGACCUCAGUACUGAGAAAUCAGAGGUUACUGUUGAGGCUGUGUCUGACCUCAGAACUGAGAAAUCAGAGGAUACUGUUGAGGCUGUGUCUGACCUCAGUACUGAGACAUCAGAGGGUACUGUUGAUGCUGUGUCUGACCUCAGUACUGAGAAAUCAGAGGUUACUGUCGAGGCUGUGUCUGACCUCAGUACUGUGAAAUCAGAGGGUACUGUUGAGGCUGUGUCUGACCUCAGUACUGAGAAAUCAGAGGUUACUGUUGAGGCUGUGUCUGACCUUAGUACUGAGACAUCAGAGGUUACUGUUGAGGCUGUGUCUGACCUCAGUACUGAGAAAUCAGAGGUUACUGUUGAGGCUGUGUCUGACCUCAGUACUGAGAAAUCAGAGGUUACUGUUGAGGCUGUGUCUGACCUCAGUACUGAGAAAUCAGAGGUUACUGUUGAGGCUGUGUCUGACCUCAGUACUGAGAAAUCAGAGGUUACUGUUGAGGCUGUAUCAACAACUAAGGUCAGUGUGAAGACAACAGAGAUUAUCAAUGUUGAUCAAGAAAAGGGAUUAGAUAUACAUGCCAGAGGGAAGGCAGAUACUGGAGAAGAUACAGGAGCUAGAACAGACACAUAUGAGAAAACUUCAGCUAAUCAAAUAUUUGUCAAAGAUUCUGAAGAAGAUGUGGAGAUUGAUACAACUGUGGAGCUGAACUACAGUAACAAAGUUAUUGAGGAACAGGUGGAUAUCAAUGAACUGGUCAAACAAAACUUUGACAAAGUAGAAGAAAUAACAGAUAUUGCAAAGGGAGAAACAGCAAAAGAGAUACAUUCAGGAAGCAGUACAGUGAUAGGUAAGGUGGAAAAUGAGGAUGUUGUAGAUGUAGGGAAGAAUAACUCUUAUCAGGAUCAAGAGUUAAAUGUUGCAGUUCAGAAAGAAGGCGGCCAAGUGAUGGAAAAAUCCCUAACUACUAAUGAUCAGGUUGUUAAAGCGGAAUCUGCUCUUAUUUCAGUUAAUCAGCUGGCAGGGCUAACAGCAAAUCAACAAACAGUAGAAACAACGGAUACAGCCAUUCAGCUCACUGGGAAAGUGACAGAUACAACCAAUCAGAUGUCAGAGAAAGCAACAGAUACAACCAAUCAGCUCACUGGGAAAGUGACAGAUACAACCAAUCAGAUGUCAGAGAAAGCAACAGAUACAACCAAUCAGCUCACUGGGAAAGUGACAGAUACAACCAAUCAGAUGCCAGAGAAAGCAACAGAUACAACCAAUCAGCUCACUGGGAAAGUGACAGAUACAACCAAUCAGAUGUCAGAGAAAGCAACAGAUACAACCAAUCAGAUGUCAGAGAAAGCAACAGAUACAACCAAUCAGAUGUCAGAGAAAGCAACAGAUACAACCAAUCAGAUGUCAGAGAAAGCAACAGAUACAACCAGUCAGAUGCCAGAGAAAGCAACAGAUACAUUGAAUCAAUUUUUGGAGAAAGCAACAAGUUCCUCAAAUCAGCCUUCAGAGGAAAAUGCAAAACAAGAACUCUCUGUUUUGGACUCUCAGAAUAAAAUGGAUGUGCUUUCAGACCUCCACUCUACUGAAGCUCUCCAGUCAUCUAGUAAAGAAGAUAUCAAGCAAUCUACAAUAGUCAUACAGGAAAUUACAACACCUGUAACUAUAGACAUUGGAGCAUUAAAAAUAGCCCCAAAGGAUGUUGUGGAGAAUGUGCAAAUAUUUACUGGGCCCGCUAAUGAUUUUCAGGUAUCUGCACCUGUCUCCAAUGACCAGCAGAAAGCAACCACUGUUUUAGAGGAUCCAACAACAUCAGUUCCUGGACCUAAGGAUCUGCAAACAUUAGAUGCUGUUGCAGAAGAACAACAGACAGCAUUUGUUUCUGAAGUUCUUCCAACAUCAGCUGCUGUUGUUAAAGACUUAAAGACUGCUGGAAUUGCUAAAGAUCAACGGAUAUCUGUCGCUGUAGCUAAGGACCUGCAGACAUCAGAUGCAAUUGUUGAGGACCUGCAGACUUCUGCUGCUGUUGCAGAUGAUCAACAGACAGCUACAGGUACCGCUGCUUUUGGUGAAGAGGAUGUGCAGACAGUUGCUGAUGGGAAUGUUCUACAGACAUCACUUGCUGUUGGUAAGAACCUGCAGACAACAGAUGAUGUUGGUAAGGAUAAACACAAAUCAACUGCUGUUGUUGAAAAUCUUGAGAAAACUGCAGUUGCUAAGGACCUACAGACAUCGCAUGCUGUCGCUAAGGACCUUCAAACAUCAACUACUACUGCAGAAGAUAAACAAGCAGCUUUUGUUAUAGUAAAUAAAGAUCUGCAGACAACUGUCGUACCUACAGAUUCACAAACAUCUACUGCUGUUGCAGAGGAUCAAGAGACAACUGUUGAUACUGAAGGUCUGAAAACAUCAACUUCUGUUGUUGAAGAUUUGCAGACAGUUGCUGUUAAUACAGAUCUACAGACAUCGGGCGUUGAUGUUGAGGACCAGAAAAUAUCAGCAGUUGUUGCUGAGUAUCAACAAAAAACUAUUGUUACAAAAGACCUGCAAAAUUCAGAUGUUGUUGCUGAAGAACUACAGACAUCAGUUAUUGUAGAUGAAGAUCUGCAGACAGCUGUCGUAGCUACAGAUUUGCAAACAUCAGUUGCUCUUGUUGAGGAGCAUAAAACAGUUAUUGUUACUGGAAAUCGACAAAAUUCAGCAGCUGUGGUUGAAAUUCUGCAGACUCCAGAUGCUGUUGUUGAGGAACAACAGACAGCUGUUGCUGAAGAACAACAAACAAUUAUUGUUACAAAAGACCUGCAAAAUUCAGAUGUUGCUGAAGAACUACAGACAACAGUUAUUACAGCUGUCGUAGCUACAGAUUUGCAAACAUCAGUUGCUCUUGUUGAGGAGCAUAAAACAGUUAUUGUUGCUGGAAAUCAACAAAAUUCAGCAGCUGUGGUUGAAAUUCUGCAAACUCCAGAUGCUGUUGUUGAGGAACAACAGACAGCUGUUGCUGAAGAACAACAGACAUCAGUGACGGUAGAUGAAGAUCUGCAGACAACUGCCGUAGCUACAGAUUUGCAAACAUCAGUUGCUCUUGUUGAGGAGCAUAAAACAGUUAUUGUUACUGGAAAUCAACAAAAUUCAGCUGCUGUGGUUGAAAUUCUGCAGACACCAGAUGCUGUUGUUGCUGAAGAACUACAGACAUCAGUUAUUGUAGAUGAAGAUCUGCAGACAGCUGUCAUAGCUACAGAUUCGCAGACAUCUACUGCUGUUGCUGAGAAUCAACAAACAAUUAUUGUUACAAAAGACCUGCAAAAUUCAGAUGCUGUUGUUGAGGAACUAAAGACAUCAGUUAUUGUAGAUGGAGAUCUGCAGACAGCUGUCAUAGCUACAGAUUCGCAGACAUCUACUGCUGUUGCUGAGAAUCAACAAACAAUUAUUGUUACAAAAGACCUGCAAAAUUCAGAUGUUGUUGCUGAAGAACUACAGACAUCAGUUAUUGUAGAUGAAGAUCUGCAGACAACUGUCGUAGCUACAGAUUUGCAAACAUCAAUUGCUCGUGAGGAGCAAAAGACAGUUAUUGUUGCUGGAAAUCAGGAACAACAGACAGCUGUUGUUGCUGCUGGAAAUCAGGAACAACAGACAGCUGUUGUUGCUGAAGAACUACCGAUAUCAGUGACGGUAGAUGAAGAUCUGCAGACAGCUGUCAUAGCUACAGAUUCGCAGAUAUCUACUGCUAUUGCUGAGAGUCAACAAACAAUUAUUGUUACAAAAGACCUGCAAAAUUCAGAUGUUGUUGCUGAAGAACUACAGACAUCAGUUAUUGUAGAUGAAGAUCUGCAGACAACUGUCGUAGCUACAGAUUUGCAAACAUCAGUUGCUCGUGAGGAGCAAAAGACAGUUAUUGUUGCUGAAAAUCAAAAUUCAGCUGCUGAGGUUGCUGCUGGAAAUCAGGAACAACAGACAGCUGUUGUUGCUGAAGAACUACCGAUAUCAGUGACGGUAGAUGAAGAUCUGCAGACAGCUGUCAUAGCUACAGAUUCGCAGAUAUCUACUGCUAUUGCUGAGAGUCAACAAACAAUUAUUGUUACAAAAGACCUGCAAAAUUCAGAUGUUGCUGCUGAAGAACUACAGACAUCAGUUAUUGUAGAUGACGAUCUGCAGACAACUGUCGUAGCUACAGAUUUGCAAACAUCAGUUGCUCGUGAGGAGCAAAAGACAGUUAUUGUUGCUGAAAAUCAACAAAAUUCAGCUGCUGAGGUUGAAAUUCUGCAGACACCAGAUGUUGUUGUUGAGGAACAACAGACAGCUGUUGUUGCUGAAGAACUACAGACAUCAGUGACGGUAGAUGAAGAUCUGCAGACAACUGUCGUAGCUACAGAUUUGCAAACAUCAGUUGCUCGUGAGGAGCAAAAGACAGUUAUUGUUGCUGAAAAUCAACAAAAUUCAGCUGCUGAGGUUGAAAUUCUGCAGACACCAGAUGCUGUUGUUGAGGAACAACAGACAGCUGUUGUUGCUGAAGAACUACAGACAUCAGUGACGGUAGAUGAAGAUCUGCAGACAGCUGUCAUAGCUACAGAUUCGCAGACAUCUACUGCUAUUGCUGAGAAUCAACAAACAAUUAUUGUUACAAAAGACCUGCAAAAUUCAGAUGUUGCUGAAGAACUACAGACAACAGUUAUUGUAGAUGAAGAUCUGCAGACAGCUGUCAUAGCUACAGAUUCGCAGACAUCUACUGCUGUUGCUGAGAAUCAACAAACAAUUAUUGUUACAAAAGACCUGCAAAAUUCAGAUGUUGUUGCUGAAGAACUACACACAUCAGUUAUUGUAGAUGAAGAUCUGCAGACAACUGUCAUAGCUACAGAUUUGCAAACAUCAAUUGCUCGUGAGGAGCAAAAGACAGUUAUUGUUGCUGGAAAUCAGGAACAACAGAUAGCUGUUGUUGCUGAAGAACUACCGACAUCAGUGACGGUAGAUGAAGAUCUGCAGACAGCUGUCAUAGCUACAGAUUCGCAGAUAUCUACUGCUAUUGCUGAGAGUCAACAAACAAUUAUUGUUACAAAAGACCUGCAAAAUUCAGAUGUUGUUGCUGAAGAACUACAGACAUCAGUUAUUGUAGAUGACGAUCUGCAGACAACUGUCGUAGCUACAGAUUUGCAAACAUCAGUUGCUCGUGAGGAGCAAAAGACAGAUACUGUUGCUGAAAAUCAACAAAAUUCAGCUGCUGAGGUUGAAAUUCUGCAGACACCAGAUGCUGUUGUUGAGGAACAACAGACAGCUGUUGUUGCUGAAGAACUACAGACAUCAGUGACGGUAGAUGAUGAUCUGCAGACAGCUGUCAUAGCUACAGAUUCGCAGACAUCAACUGCUAUUGCUGAGAAUCAACAAACAAUUAUUGUUACAAAAGACCUGCAAAAUUCAGAUGUUGCUGAAGAACUACAGACAACAGUUAUUGUAGAUGAAGAUCUGCAGACAGCUGUCAUAGCUACAGAUUCGCAGACAUCUACUGCUGUUGCUGAGAAUCAACAAACAAUUAUUGUUACAAAAGACCUGCAAAAUUCAGAUGUUGUUGCUGAAGAACUACACACAUCAGUUAUUGUAGAUGAAGAUCUGCAGACAACUGUCAUAGCUACAGAUUCGCAAACAUCUACUGCUGUUGCAGAGGAUCAAGAGACAACUAUUGAUACUGAAGGUCUGAAAACAUCAACUUCUGUUGUUGAAGGUCUGCAGACAGUUGCUGUUAAUACAGAUCUACAGACAUCAGGCGUUGAUGUUGAGGACCAGAAAAUAUCAGCUGCUAUUGCGGAGUAUCAACAAAAAACUAUUGUUACAAAAGACCUGCAAAAUUCAGAUGUUGUUGUUGAAGGUCUGCACACAACUGCUGUCACUAAGGAUCUAAAGACAUUGGAUAUUGUUGUUGAGGACCUGAAAACAUCAGCUGCUGUGGAGGAGGAACAACAAACAUCUAUUGUUGCUGAAGAACUACAGACAUCAGUUGUUGUUGCUAAGGAUCUGCAGACAACAGCUGCUUUUGCUGAGGAUGAACAAACAACUAUUGUCAAAAAAGACCUGCAAAAUUCAGAUGUUGUUGCUGAAGAACAGCAGACAUCAGUGAUGGUAGAUGAAGAUCUGCAGACAGCUGUUGUAGCUACAGAUUCGCAGACAUCUACUGCUGUUGCAGAGGAUCAAGAGACAACUAUUGAUACUGAAGGUCUGAAAACAUCAAUUUCUGUUGUUGAUGGUCUGCAGACAACUGCUGUGGCUAAGGAUAUAAAGACAUUGGAUAUUGUUGUUGAGGACCAGAAAACAUCAGCUGCUGUGGAGGAGGAACAACAAACAUCUAUUGUUGCUGAAAACCAACAGAUAUCAGUUGUAGCUAAUGAACUGCAGACAUCACUUGUUGUUGCUAAGGAUCUUCAGUCAUCAGAUGCUGUUUCUAAGGAUCUGCAGACAUCAGCUGCUUUUGCUGAGGAUAGACAGACAGUUAUUGUUGCUAAGGAACUACAGACAUCAGUUGCUGUUGUUGAGGACUUACAGAUAUCAGAUUUUUCUAAACAGGUUGAGACCUCAACAACUAGUAAAACGGAGGUUGAGAUUUCUGUAACUCCAGGAGAUGAUCAUUCCAUUAAAGAAGUGAAUGAGGAACUCCAAUUAGCUUUAGAUUCAAGUGUAGUUGAAACAAUAUAUUAUCCUAGCACAUCCACAGAUGAACCAGGCUCCAUUAUACUAGAUACUGGUACAGACACCACAGCUGAAAUUGUUGAUCAGCAACCUGUUCCAGAAUCAGAACAAUUGUCUGAAAGUAUUAUACCACAUGACACUGCUGUUUAUAUGGAUUUAAAGGCUGCUUUAGACACUGUUCCAGAAAGUCUUGAAAGGGCAGCAGAUUUGAAGUUUGCAGAUAGUAAAACAUUAGCUGAUCUUGCUCUCAGGUCUGAGGUGAACACUAAAGACAUGGAACAAACACUCCAAGGUGAUAGUUUGUCAGGUGAAGCAAGCAAGAUGACAGGUGAAACAAUUAUCAAUAGAAACUUUAAUGAAGAAAAUAUAUCGGAGGUUGCUGAGAGUAAGAUUUUGUCCUAUCCAGAGGGCACACAUACAGAGGGUAGAGCUGAAACAGGAAAAACUGAGGAACAAACGAAAGCAACAGUAUCUACAGGGGACAAUCUAUCUAUUGAUAUAACUAUCAAAGACCAGAAAGGAAAUACAGAUGUAGAUUCAUCGAAAAUGAAACCAGACAAGGUAUCUGGUGUUGCAGGUGCUGAUGAUGAAGAUGAUACAUUUUCUACAACCAUGAUCAUUUACACCAACAAAUUUGAGGGUUGUGAUGAGCAGACAAGAAUGGAGGAGACACGAGAAGCCCUAGAAAGCACAGUUUUAUCUUAUCCGGAACCGAAAUACUACAGCUUCAUGCCUCACAACAAAUCUAAACAUCUGUACAGUACACUGACAACAUCUGGACUACAGGGCCACACACCAGAAGGCCAGGACUUGUCAUCAGAGACCAUGUUCCGAUCUCCUCGGCUAACAUCUCCAACAGGCAUGUUUGAUGGAAGUCUGUCCUCUCGCGUUGACUCCAUACCAGAUCAGUGUCAUGGUAAGAUUGUGGACAGAAAGGGAAAUAAAUCUGUCCAUUUCCAGGAUAGUGAUGGCACUAUCUUCACACCAGCACACACUUUAUCAUCUCAACAAAAAACAGACACAGAGGUUGUAAUUGGAGAGUCGGGUGCUGAAGAAGAAGGUCGGAAACUCCAUGUUAUAAAACAAAGUCAGGAAGAACAAAAGGAAACAACAGACGAUACGACACAAUCUGAAACUGAAAGUACAAGUAAAGAAAAACAAAAGGUUUCUUCAGAAAAAAAGAAAAAGAAAUCUAUCCUUUCAAGUCUCUCUUAUAUCUUGCCUAGUGUUCCCUUUACUCGUGGAGUUGUCGUGGAUCCUUGGGAGGGAGAAGAGGUCACUUUUCGCGGUGAAUUUGGAGAUGUUAUUGAUGAGGAGGAGGCACUUUCAGGAGAGAGUCCAGACCAAGAUAUGACCAAUGUUCCUCGAGGACAACCUGUCGGGGCUGGAGAUUCUGAUGGAGAGCAAAUGAACCCUGCACUGACAACACAGCGAGUGUUCAAGGUGGUGUUUGUAGGAGACUCAGGUGUUGGCAAGAGUAGUUUUAUCCAUCGUUUCUGUAACAACACAUUCAACCCAUCCUUCAGUGCCACCAUAGGUGUGGAUUUCCAGGUAAAGACAAUUGAGCUGAAGGACACAGUUGUAGUGCUCCAGUUGUGGGACACUGCAGGGCAGGAAAGGUUCCGCAGCAUCACCAAACAGUAUUUCCGUAAGGCUGAUGGAGUGGUUGUUAUGUAUGAUGUGACCUCAGAGGCCUCAUUCCUCAAUGUACGGAAUUGGAUGGCCAAUAUAAAGGAAAAUGUGGAUGAAAACACAGUGAUUGAAAUCUUAGGAAAUAAAGCAGAUAUGGCUGAAGGAGAUGAUCAUCGUGUUGUGCGGAUGAAUGAUGGCAAGAAACUCUCCAUGGAAUAUGAAGCCUUGUUUUUCGAGUGCAGUGCCAAAUCGGGAGCUAACCUACAAGAGAGUAUGUCUGCCAUGGCUGAUCUGCUGAAAGAUAAGGAGGAUGAGGAAUUGGAGAAGGCUCUACAAAUACAGGAUGUUGAAGUAGAGAAGAAAAAGUGCUGCAAGUGAUUAAAGCAUGCCAGAGUCAAAAGUGAAUUCCAGAAUGAAAGUAUCAAAUCCAAACCAAUGUGAUUCCUGUUGAAGUGGACUACAACAUUGUUAUUUAUUUAUACAGUUUACUGUUGAUUUCAGUGAUUUUGAUUGAUUUCUACUCCAUGUGGAUUGUUUUUAUGUUAAUUUAUACAAAAAUUAUUAGAAUUGUUUUUCGUUUAUUAAGUCAAAAGUUGUCAACAUUCCAAUUUUGUGAUGAUCAGUCAGUCGAUAUGUUAUUGUUAUAUUCACUGAACCUUUGACGUACGGGUAAUUUUUGGGACAGCAGAGUAUCAUUUCUGAAAAUCCUUUCUUCAGUCUUAAAGGAAAUUGCUACCUACAUUUGCCAACAUUAGCUAGGAUGGAGUUUCACAAUAAAUUCUAUACAGAGUUAUGGUCCUUUUGUUCACUUUUUUUUUGGUGGGAGGAGGGGCAUAUUUUCCUUGUUCAAUCACCUACAAUCGCACAAUUAUUAAUGCAAGUAUCUUUCAGGUGUCAUUUUUUCACUCCGUACAAAUUUAUCAAGCAAGGGUCAUCUUUUUUUUCAUUCUUACAUCUGAUCAUGGAACAGUCAUAGUAUUCCUUGUUAGUUUCUUAGGGGUUAAUUUUUUUCCUUAAGUUGGUUAAAGUUUAUUUUCAUCUGUUGUUCAUGUAUUUUGAAAAUAAAGACAUGAAUUAGCAGACAGAAUUUUGAGUUAGAAGCAGUAAUUUUUUUAAGGUUGAUGAAAUUACCCUAAGUUCAUUUGCUCCACAAACUCAUUUUGAUACUAAAUAUAAAUGUCUAUUUUUUCAUAUCUCCUUUAUCAGACACCUGAUAUAAAUUCCUCAUCAAUACAAACCUGAAGUUUUUUUUCAAAUAUUUCUAUCAGCUUAUUGAAAAAAUAUAUUAGUCUGAGGUAUAUAUUAUUAGAAAUCACCUUUUGUAAAUGGUUGGAUGAAUAAGUAACAGUUUAACAUAACUAAUGGUAUGUCAAUGAAAUUGUUUACUGUAAAUUUCUGUGCCAUUAUCAACCAGUUUCCAGCCUGUUGCAUGGAGGGAUAAAUCUGUGUAUAAGUUGUAUUUACACUGAAAUGUGCAUGGAGUGGUGUCUAACAAUGUUGUAAGAUACAUCAGCUUAUACAAAGUUGAACAAUGUUGUAAGAUACAUCAACUUAUACAAAGUUGAACAAUGUUGUAAGAUACAUCAACUUAUACAAAGUUGAACAAUGUUGUAAGAUACAUCAACUUAUACAAAGUUGAACAAUGUUGUAAGGUACAUCAGCAUAUACAAAGUUGAACAAUGUUGUAAGUUACAUCAGCAUAUAUGAAGUUAAACAAUGUUGUAAGAUACAUCAACUUAUACAAAGUUGAACAAUGUUGUAAGAUACAUCAGCUUAUACAAAGUUGAACAAUGUUGUAAGAUACAUCAGCUUAUACAAAGUUGAAAAUGUUGUAAGAUACAUCAGCAUAUAUAAAGUCUAAUGAUGUUGUAAGGUACAUCACCAUAUACAAACGGAAGACUUUGUAAAACUUUAAAUGUGUAUCAGUAGACAGAUAUAAAACAUAACUUCAUUAGUUUCAGAAUUAUUAAAGCAUAAUAUUUUUCUUCCUUCUAAUCUAUAUGCAUAUUUCUGGUUUACCCUAAUCAAUAUACAGUACAUGGCGGUGAAGGAUUGAGGUGACAGUGGAUCAUAAAACUCGGAAUAUCUAUCAUUUAUCUCCAAGUCAUGUGCAAUAAUUUUUCAGUCUUCCAUAUAAUCUUUAAAUAUAUAUCAAUGUCAUGUUAUCUUUAGAAGUAGAAAUCCUGUAUUUCGUUAUUUUGGUUAUUUCCAUUGGGUGAUUUUAUGGUCUUUGUAGUAUCAUUAUAAACAUGUUUCUGGUUCCACAUUUUAUGUACAUUACAUUGACGAUAGAGGCUAUAACCACAAUAGAGCCAUAAUCCAAUUUUCAAUUAUUUCCAGUAUCUGUAUUGAAUUUUCUUAAAUGUAAGGGGUCAUUUUUGCUUGUCCCAUUGAAAUGUGUUUAUCGUAUAUAUAAUCUCUAAUAGUUUAAACACAAGUUUUAUUGUCAUUAAGCAAUGUGGUACUAGUUUUAACAACUUAAUAACACCUAAUACAUCAUAUUACUGUGAAUAAGACUGUGUUCUCGGAGAACAUUUUCUCAUCAGGAUCUUCAUGGUAAUUUUUACCUCCGACUCGGAAUGAGGAGGUGUAAUUAUUACAUUAUUGUCAAUAAUAAUUUUCUUAGCAAUACCAAAUCUUCAUGACUGGUUUUAAGUAUAUUAAUCUAUGUUAUCUGCGACUCUGAAUGAGGGGGUGAAAUUAUUAUGUUGUGAGUAAUAUUUUUUCUUACCAGCAUGGGAGCUUCAUGGCUGAAGCCCAAGAGGCCAACUCAUUACAGAAUCAGUGGUUGACAUGAUGAAGUAGAUGCUAUUCUACUGAACAGCAACAGAUGAGCAGGCUUUAUUUCCAGUCAUUGUAUAAAUACAGUACGCCUUUAAGAUAAACUGGUCCAGAUACUGUAACCAUUAACCUUACUUCAUAUCCAAUACAGAUUAUUUAUUAAUAUAAACGGACAUGGCCUCAGUGGUUCAGCACUGGAAUAUACACCCUUAUUAUGGCUGUAUCCCUGUCUAUGUUGGACCAUUGUUGUAUAAAGGGCUUGCCACAGGCCCAAUUUGUCACUGACCUCUUUACAAGCUGCUACCGAGAAAAUGAAUGGAAAAGAAGUGAAAAAUGAUUUGAAUAUGUCUAUAUUUCAAUGUAUAUCAUUUGAUUACAUCUGCGAAGCAAAUAAUAAACAUUCCUUACCCUAAAUGAUAAUUUUCACCAAUUUUGUUGUAGGAAACUUUGAAAAAUGGAAAAAAUUUCCUGCAUGCAAUUUAACAUAUCUUGACUCUUACCGUGUGUGUUUUAAACUUUAUUUUAGAUUUUUAUAUAUGUAGAUCUAGUAGGGGGUGAUUUGUUUUGAUUUUGCAUUUAUCGACUGCCAAAUAUAGCUUUUUUGUUAUAAUAUGCUUAUGAAUUCAUGUUGCAUUAAAA